ACACUUGGCACAAUACAGUCAGGCAAGUACCAUUCUCCUGGCAACCACCAAACCGAGACACAUCCAUUGGAUUGCCAGACAGAGAAACGUGACUCCAAAGAGCAUGUCUCUGCUGCUCUAGAGUCCAGUUGCAGUUUUCUGAGUUGCUGUUGUUCACAGUUGCUUCCACUUUGGUAUUAUACCACUAAUUGUUGACCGUGGAAUAUUUAGUAGCACGGAAAUUUCACAGAUAGACUUAUUGCACAGAUGGCAACCUAUCAUGGUACCACACUUGAAUUCACUGAGCUCCUGAGAGCAACUCAUUCUUUCACAAAUGUUUGUAGAAGCAGUCUGCAUGCCUUG